AUGGUUGCCGCACACAUUGAACUGUCACCCCAGUGGCUUUCGAAGGCUCUGGGCUUCGACGUGGUCGGUGCAAAACCUGUCCGGAUCGGAACCGGCCAGAUUGGUGAAGUGUACCGUGUUGAGCUCGAAUAUGGCUCCAAGACACGAGCAGGACCGGCGUCGGUGGUGGCCAAAAUGGCCUCUCUCGACGCAGACUGCAAGUCUUUCGGGAUCAGCUCUGGCUUGUACGAGCGGGAGGUCCGCUUUUACCAAGAGAUUGCUCCGCUCCUGACGACGGGGCCGAUCCCAGAUGUCUACAGGGUGGAAAGAGACGAGGUUUCUGGGGAAUUCGUCAUCCUCAUGAGUGACAAUGCGGGAAGGGUGGGCUCCGACAUCAACGGAGCGACGCUAGAAGAAGCGAAGUUGGCCAUGUCGGAGCUCGGGAGACUUCACGGCUUGAUCUUGAACCAUGUCCCCUUGGAGGGCCAUAGCUGGAUGAAGAGGACGCGAGCGUGGUCGGCCAAAGAACACAUGGUGGGAUACUGGACACGGUUCCAAGAGCGGUAUGGAGAACGCCUCAAGCCAGAACACCGCGACAUCGGCCAAAAAUUCAUCGACAGCUACGAGGCGUACCAUGCCGCCCUUGACGCCACAUCAGCACCUACAGGGCUCGUCCACGGAGACUAUCGACUCGACAACAUCCUGUUCAGAGACGGCACCGACCUACCGUUGACGUUGGUGGAUUGGCAGACGUGCUAUUGGGGACCUCUCCUCCACGAUCCAUCCUACUUCUUGGGCCUCGCUCUGACGCCCGAGUUUCGCCGCGAGCACGGAGAGGAGCUGCUGAAAAUAUACCACGAGGCGCUGUCUGCGAGCGCCCCGUAUCCGAUCAGCAUCCAUGAAUGUAAGGCAGGCGUGCGAAUGCACAGUUUUACGGGCAUGCGCCAAGCCAUCACCGCGGCGAGUCUCGUGGAGAGGACGGCCAGAGGAGACGAUCUGUUCCUGACCAUGUUCGAACGCAGCUGUGAGCACGUCGCCGAUACGAAGGCGCUCGAGGUAUUGCCGCCACCGGUCCCUCUCCCGCAUCUGGAACCAGAAGCCUCGGACGAUGAGAUGCACCCAUUCGGUGAGCACCCACUUCACAACGAGAGCUGGUAUUUCGACGUCAUCGACCCAGAGCAGCAAGUCGGUGUGUGGGCGAGACUCGGCGUUAUUCCCAACCAGAGCGGCUCAUGGUAUCAUGCUCUGAUCUGUGGCCCACACAUACCCACCGUGGGAGUUAUCGACUUCGAGGCGCCUCAUCCGGGGAAGGACCUGACAGUCCACGGCGCAGAAUACACGGCCACCCAUACAGCAGAAGUGCCUCUCAAGGAAUAUCGUAUCACGGUCAAGGGAAAAGGAGUGGCCUUCGAUGAUCCAGCGGCAAUCCUCCAAGGCAGGACCGGGCGCCCGGUGGAUGUGCAGAUGGAUCUCCUCUUCGAAACGGACGGGCACCCGUACCAAUGGCGCCGGGCGACCAGAUACGAGAUCCCCUGCAAAGUCACGGGCACUUUCUCAUGGGACGAUCAGUCAUUCACUUUCACCAAGGCCCGAGGCCAACGCGAUCACUCAUGGGGCCCGCGCGACUGGUGGGCGGCCGACUGGGUGUGGACGGCGUUCCACUUCGACGACGGGACGCACAGCCACCUGGUGCAUGCCAAAGCCCGCGGAGGAGACUUCCCUCACCUGGGCGUCGGAUACGUGCAGAAGCAAGGCGAGCCGUUGAUCGAGAUGACCGACGUCAAAGCCGCCGCGGAAAUGGCCCCCAACGGCCUGGGCGUGUCCACCACCAUCACCAUGGCGCCGCUGCCACUCACCUUCUACGUGAAACCGGUCGGACACGCGCCUCUGUGCCUCGUGGCGAAGGAUGGGAGGGUGGCCAAGUUUCCUCGUUCUUGGGCGACAAUCACCACGAAUGACGGUCGCAAAGGUGUUGGAUGGCUGGAGUGGAAUAUCAAUGAGUGA